CUUCAUGACAUUAGUAGUACCAGCAGUACUUAACCUUUUGUUUGUACUUGGAGUUAUGAUGCGACAAACUCAACAAACUAAUAAAAGGAAGUUUAGGGAUUGGUUAAGGAAAAAUAUUAUUAUGACAACAAUAAUCACAAUAUUAUCGAUGGUAGAUAUAAUGAAUAUGAAAUUACUCGUCAAUAUUACUCUCUUUAAUCCUGAAGUAAGAAAAUGGCUACUCGGAGCCGGAAUAUUCAAUAUCAUUAAAGAAAUGCCUCAAUUUGUUAUUCUUGUAAGUAUAUAUCAUAAUUUGGUAAUGUGGUAA